AUAGAAACAACAACGACUGAAAUGCCCACCACCACGACCACAGCCCGGACUCGGCCGACCAGGCCACCGGCGAAAAAAGUGACGCACAAAAAGCCGCAUCAAAAACCCACGAAAAUGGUCGCAAAAACAGAAAAGACCACAAAGAUGACGUCAUCUUCAACAACGACGACGUCGACGACUUCAAUAACUUCUACUACUUCUACUACGAUGAAAACUGUCUCUAAAGCAAUCAGCAAUAUUAUCGAAGAGGGAAAGGCUUUUCCUCUCCCUGGUGAUACCUUCGACGAAACACGGAAACGUUUGAACGAAGAGAUGAAAGAAGAAGACGAACGACUCCAGCAACUGCUGGCUGAUGAAGAAGCCGAAAUGAUUAGCGAUGACGAUGAAACUCGAGAAGAACGAGAAGAACAAAGACGUCGUGAUCGAGAACGGAACCGCAUGGAAAGAAAAGAAAGAGCACGUGCAGAUGAGAGACGCAGACUAACAGAAGAAGAGACACUACGAAAUAAUGAGAGAUCACAGAAACACCGAGAAACAUUACCGUCAAGUGAACAAAUGGAUGAGUAUGACUACUCGGACUCUUCUUCAACUACAACGAUUUCCUUUCUUUCAUCGAUCUUCUCAUUAUUGGUCGUAUUAUUGCGGUAAAUUAUUGAUUGUUUAUUAUCGAUUUCUCUCGCUUUUCUUGAUCUUCUUCGCGGUUCAUUCAAAUGUCGGUUCCAUGCAUAUGCUUUAGUUGCUUGAUUUAUUCGAUGAUCUACAUUGUUGUUUCGCUAGCUGAUGACGUCAUAGACGUCAACAAAUAGAGAGCUGAGGUUGUCAGGCUACCUCACACCUUCUUCUGGAUAUUGAUCGAUAUCGAUCAAUACACAAAUUUGUAUUUUUUGCGCUAUUAUUCUACUUACAAGCUGCAUGUGUAGACGGUACUGGUGCUGCUCUCCGCCACUUCAUAUUUUUGUUACGACACAUGAGUUCUCAGCGUUUUGUGUAUAGUAUGCAGAGUUGUUCUUGCU